AUGACUGCUUGUCACGUUUUACUUGGUAGACCUUGGCAAUUUGAUCGAAAAGUUAUUCAUGAUGGUGCUACUAAUGUGUAUAAGGUGAAUAAGGAUGGAAAAAUCAAAACCCUACUACCAUUACCCCCUUCAAAAAUCCGAAACACAAAGCCUAAACCAAAAGAGAACCUAGUGUGUGGAAGUGUGUUUUUGGGGAGGAAAAGAUUUGAGAGGGAGUUGGAGGCUAAUCAUGUGGUGUAUGUGCUGGUGGCUAAGGAGGUGCAUGAAGGAAUGGAGGUGGAAGAUCCGAAAUUGAGGGAGUUGUUGGAGGAGUUUAAGGAUGUGUUUCCUAGUGAACUACCACCUGGCCUACCCCCUAAACGUGGAAUUGAGCAUCAAAUUGAUCUCAUUCCCGGAGCACCAAUCCCAAAUAAACCUUCCUAUAGAUGCAAUCCCAAAGAAAGUGAGGAACUACAAAGCCAAAUCAGUGAGUUGAUGGAGAGAGGCUACGUGAGGGAGAGUAAGAGCCCAUGUGCUGUUCCGGCGUUGCUUGUGCCAAAGAAGGAUGGAACAUGGAGGAUGUGUAUUGAUAGUCGUGCGGUGAAUAACAUAACCAUAAAAUACUGA